UUGCUGGAACUCGAGUUCCGUUUUGGAAUUUAGUUUACAUUGAAAUGCUAAGCACUGGAGAACUACUUAGAUAAAAUACAGCGAUCAGGAUCUUCUUUGCUGCCUCUUAAAAGCAUAUUCCAAGACGAUGAUGGUGGAAAACGAAUGGUGGAAAUCGCAGCUCGCUCUGGAAAUACACGACGUUCUCCGUGAGAAAGAAACCAGAUUGCCACCUUUUACUUCAUCUUCACCUCAGUUAAAACUCAGGCGUUUUCUUGUAGAUUGGCUUGCUGUAUUCUCCGAGAGGAUUAAAAGUUCUCAUGGUGUGCUUCAUUUAGCUGUGUAUUAUAUGGACCUCUUUAUGGAUAAAUUUGACAUAGAUGAACGCAAACUUUAUCUUGUUGCGUUAUCAUGUUUGCUGCUGGCAGCAAAGUUUGAAGAAAAUGAGGACAAGAUACCAACCAUAUCAACACUGAAUGCCUACGUUCAUAACCUGUUCAGUGCACCAGAAUUUCAUCAGAUGGAACUCCUGCUGCUGAAUUUUUUCUCAUGGAACUUAGAUUUACCUACACCUGUACACUUCAUGGAAUACUACUUGAUUCAUGCAAUUUCAGCAACAGACUGUCAGUCUGGUGGAAGAAGUCUUGAGGAUAACACCAAGCCAAUGGCUUAUACCAGGAAAUAUGUGCAUUAUUUCCUGGAAAUUGCUUUGCAGGAUCAUUCAUUCCUGGCAUUUCCUCCCUCGGUGAUAACAUCAGCAGCGGUAGCUGCAUCACGACUGAGGCUUCACCUCUGCCCAUCCUGGACACCCCUACUGAUCAAGGUUACAUCCUACACAUGGGAGCAGAUCGCACCCUGUGUGCAUAUUAUGUUAAGAGCACAUGAUGCAGAUGAGAAAGCAAUGUCACAACAGAAAGCAGUUAAUGCCAAAGGAUGAAAAAUCUUCAUUUCCUGGAAUGAAUAACAAGCUGGACACACAUAAAUGUAUCUCAGGAUUCAUAUAAAAAACAAGCCACUGGUCUGAAAUAUAAAUUGCUAAAAAUAUCAGCUGCAAUAAAAACCCCUUUCAGUCCACUUGGUAAAUGAAAACUGGCCAGCAAGAAUGAAACAAAAUUGCUUCAAGUGACAGUCAGUAAUUAAUGAUUUUGAUAAGAAUUUGACAAGGCAAUAAACUUUUCUAUGCCCAAAGCUUCUCGAAGUUCAUAGGUGUUCAUAGGAGAGCUUGCCUCUGCCUUGUUUAAAACCUUUGUAUCAGACUUACUGGCUCAUUUAAAAGUUCAAUACUUUUCAAUGCCAAGUUCAAAGUGCAUUGUUUCCAACAUGUAUGAAAGUACUUGAACUUCUAAUAAUAUCAAUUCUAUAAAAAUAUUGCUGGCUUCCACAGGGUGUGAAUAAACUAUUUCCAUACUAUCAUUCAAUCUGUACUUUUUAUAUUCUAGUCUAAGACCAUUUUUUCUCUAUUAAAUAAUUAGAAGUAAGCUGAAAUUCCAAAAACAGAGUACAAUGGUAAUAUUUAAUGAAAUAUGUAAGGUAAAAAACUGACUCAGAAUUCAAUUUACACUUUGAUUGUCACUUAAUUUUUUUAAUUUUAAUUUGAAGACUACAUGGUCUUGCAGAUGAAAAGUAAUUUUUAGUAGAGAUGUUUGUGAACCAUAUAGAAAAUGAAGAACCAGUAACUUUGCAAGAAACAAAUAUGAUUUUACAAUACAGUCCUUACUUUUGGUCCUAGGUUGUACAUGCUCUAAGGGUCUGAGAAACUCACACAACCUUUAUAAUUUUGCUUUUACCAACAAAAUUGUUUAUUUUCCACACAGCUGAACACAAAAUCAACUUCCAAAUGCUAAAUCACUCCACAAGCAAAGUUUGCAUGUUCCUGCAGAUCAGCAGGUUAUUGGCUAAUCUCUUAAAAAGUUCAGAUACUCUAGUCUAGUAUGAAAUUAGUUGUGAUCUGAGGAUAAGCCAACUAGAAUCAUUACUGACACUGUCCUUCUAGUCUAAAUUGUGAGAAAAUCAGAGUGAUUUACAGUCAAGUAUGAUUUUAUGUCAGUGAUGUAUAAAUAAGUACAUGUAAGUAUAAGUACAAUAAGAAUAUAUAUAUAUUUCACUUCUGUGGAUAAAUAAGAGUUCCUCCAUUCAUCAGUUCAAAUAAGGCUAUCUGAGUGUAUUUAAAAUAAUGAAGCAUCAGAAAAUCAACUGAGAGCUUAAACUUAUUAACAUAAAAGCAGCUACAUGUAGCUUUAAAUACAGAAAAAUGAUGCUUAUCCAUAUGUGCUGUACCUAUAUUUGAAUUACAUCUUGAGUACUUACUGUAAACAAUUCUCAAGAUUGAUGCAACAAAAUACCCAUAAAUAAUGGUUAUAGAAAAAUACUACUGUACAAUUUUUCAUUUCAUGGGAAUUACAAAAUACUUAACAUUUUGUAGGCUUCAUA